ACGGAAGCGAAAGCGAAGCAGUCCUGCAGGCAAGGAGGCGAAGAAGGGAACAGCGGGGCCGUUGGCGGCACGUUUUAAAGGUGCAUGGAUGGAUUUUCGCUUCAAAAAAACAACGGCUGCGAUUCCUUUACUCGGUGCUCUUUACCUUAAGUUGACCGAGCUCUGUGGAAACGGGCAUUUUUUUUCUCAUUAAUUCACGACUAGAAGAAACUGGGGAAAAUGUACCUGGCGUGGCUAAAUCUCGACCCAUCCUCACAACAUCUGGCCCAACUUACCCAUAACACAGUGGAUCCAGGAGUGAAACCACAACAGAGUGCAACUUCUUACGAAAAUGGCCCCUCGAAUGGACCGACACCAAAAUGGGAAAGCACACAAGUUUCUCAUCAGACAGCUGGAGGGAAGCAUGUUGGCUACCAGAGGACAUUUGUUAAUAUUCAGAAGCCUUCUCGCAAUGUGCAAGGAGGAGGACAGCCUUUCCAUGGAGAUGGAUGUCAAAAUACUGUUAAUAAUUCAUCAAUUAAAAGUGGGUCUGACCUUAUGUUAAAAACGAUGUGCUAUCAGGACGAGAAGAGACGAUUUACAUUGCAAUACAGACCAACACCACCUACAUCCAAUAGUAACAUGUCUUCUCCUGCUCUUCAACAUGGCAGGAAUGAGGGCUUGCAUCAAGCGUAUAACAAAGUUUCAUCGAGACCUAAAUUAGUCACCUUUCCAACAGCGACCACACUUCAAGUGAUACAGGAGGUUUCAAAGAGAGGAGCUCAAUCCUCUUCUGCGCACAACACAGGCGUUGCAGUCAACAAAACUAAAUACACAUUGUAUCCUUCUGCCCAUACUGGAAAUGUUUUCUUCAAUCUCAAAAAUGUUGUUGUAAGACCCCCAUCUACUGGACAAAGUUUGCAGGUUUCCAGCUUGAAUCAGCCAACAAAGCCAUUUUCAUCCACAGUAUUUGAUGGCAGUCAAACAAAUUCCUCCCCAGCAGCAGAGAUGAGGCAUAAUAUAAUUGGGACACCUCUGCUGGGAUCCAGUUAUCAACAAACUGCAACACGACAGAGCGAACGACUGGUUACCGCUGACUCAAAAGUUGCACGUUUGAAAAAAUCACUUCCACUCCUAUCGCACUUGAUACUGGCCCCUGGAUCAGUGACCGAUAGCACACAGCCAUUAUCAACUAAUAAUCUAAAUGACAACUCCAGUUCUGCAAGAGUUGUCGCUGUUGUGCAACCGUUGUCGCCACAUUGCAAUAUGAUUACCUGUGCAAGCAAAAGUCCCACAACACACAACUUUAAUGUACCCACUGUGGACACACAGAACAAGAUGACAAAUGAGGAUUGUAGGAAUCCCCUCGAAAGAGAAAUUCAGCUGUCCAACAAAUCUCUGAGUAUGCACGUGUCAGCUACCGGACAUGCAGAUGACACUCUAUGUGAAGAACUGAGUAUGCACACAUCAGCUACCAAACAAUCAGAUGACAUGCUAAGUAAAGGCCAUUGUAUUGGAGCGUGUGCGCCGCAGCCGGUCAACGUUGAAGCUCCAGAAAAAGACAAGUGGGCGAGUAACAAGGACGAGAUGCCGCUAAAUGCGAAGGCCAGUAUUUUUCAACUGUCCGCUCUCCCGACAACAAAGUGGACCUUGAAAGAAUUGGCUUUGUUGGGUGAAGGAUUUGAGAUGCACAAUGCACCUAAAAAUGAUGAUUUACGAAAACAACUAUUGGUCAUGUUUUGGGGUGGGAGUGUUAAAAAUUUGGUUAGUAUUCUUAAGACAAAGUCCUAUUCGGUCUUGCUUAAUUGUGCUCAUUCAUUUUGUGCCCAUUAUGGGAGAGAAGACACUGUUGUGCUGUCACAGGUGGACUCCUCGUUUGCUGAUCAACUCCAGUACUUUCAUGUUCUUAAAGAUGGAGAGGUUUACACAGAACUGCCCUACACAUCGUCAUGGUUGAAUAAAAAUCAACAGCUAGAUGAUAUCGACAAAGAAUUCGGCCCGAAUAAUUCCAGAAAUGUGAGUGACAACCAGCCAGGUCCAGUUAAAAGAGUCACCAACAUCCCAACACAAACUCUUCCCAAGGUUCCCAGACUUGACAUUGAAACAGUCGACAAAGAAUGUCAUGACUCUCUCUACUUAUUCAAGAUUGAAGUUUUGCCCCCAGAAGAAGCAAAAGCUAUCUUUGAGCAAGGCCAUGUGACGAUGUCACAAACUAAACAAAGUAUUAGUCAACCAGAGGAAGUCACUAAUACUUUGGAUGCAGUGGUAGAUGAGCCAGUCCAAGAGCUACAUGCUACAAGCGGCUCGAAAGUAGAUGGUCCCAUCCAACAUUUCUGCUGCAUUGCAAAGUGGAAAGAAAGCAUGUUUGGUUCCAAAACGCUGUUACAGGAUAAAUGCCAGUGCAACGAAGAGCGACGCAAACUUACUAAGAAGCAAGAACAAAUGAACUGUCGACAGUUUACAAUGGAACCUGAUCUUCAAUCUCAUUCACUGGACAAAGACAUGGAAUCGGAAAGUGAGGAGAAAAUGACCAGCAGCCUUCCAACAAUAAAUUGGCUUGAAAUAUGCAACGAAAUCAGUGGGACCUUUGAAUUAAAUGACGACGAAGAAACAAAUGAUCUGCUUGAGCAACAGCCAAAGGAGAGCCAGCCAACAAUUGUAAGUGUUAACAAAGAAAAUAUCUCCAAUUGUGAGAAUAUUACCAACCACAUUCCUGACAUUGAAGAGGGUUGUAACAAAGCUCAGCUGAAAUCUGCAGAAAGUUGCCAGUCAACUGAUAGCAGCAGCAGGAGUUCGGAUUGUUGGACCGAAAAUCAAAUUGAGACUCCUAUGUCACCCGUCGAUGAACAUGGUGAACGAGCUCCAAUGGCAUCAAAGUCACCAUUGGAUGCUGAAAAAAUACAAUGCGGUGCAAAGCCUGGAGAUCAGACGGAUGUCCGUAAACCUAAAGCACACGAGACUGAUGAAAGGAAACGGAAGAGACGUAACAAUGCUAACAGUGUUUUUCCUUACCUGAAGAAGUUGAUGAACAAAAACCUGGAUUCACAUGAAGUCGAAGAUGUUUCAAAAACUAAGAUUGUUGUUGGUUCUGAUAGGGAAACCUUGGCAGACAAGAGAACUGUCCAGCUGAAGCUGUUUGGCUCACAACCACAGGAAAAGCGUAUUUUAAUUCAUCGUCACAAUGAGUCAACAACACCGCCGAAAGUUGUUUAUGCAAGGGUUGACAAGCAAAAACUGGAUAAAGGUGGCUUAAACUCAUUUGGUUCAGCUACAAAAAGGACUUUAUCUCAAACUAAAAUAAAGCUUGGAGCCAAAAUGAAAGCAAUUAGAGACAGACAAAAGAAAUUUGCCUCCCAAAAUUACAAGGCUGUUGUUGACCAACAAAGAAAGUCUUUCAAACAUGACCGCAGAAAGAAGGAAACUGGAACCCAGGCAGUUUUGCCCAUCCAGGAGAAUAUCUUGAAGUUCAGUGUUUUGCCCAACAGCUUCAGCUUUGAAGAGGAAUCAGCGGGUGAGAGAGAGAGCACCGAAAAUUCUUCAGAUGAACCUCUGUCAGAAUCUGAAAAGAAAAGCCCUAAUAAAAAGAGCAAAGUGGAUGUGUGGAGUCAUUUCCCUGUAAAGGAGUUGUCUUCUGUACACCAUGUUCCCGGCUCCAAAAGCGCUGAUGUCUUCGCAGAGUAUCAGAAGAAAUACACAGAGAAGUCACAGCCAUCAGUUACUCAGUAGAGAGAGGCACAUUUCAAGGAUUCAUGUGCGAUUCUUUUUUUUGUUUCUGGUUUUCCAUCACUAUUUAACACUACACUGUACAAGAUGUCUUAAGUUUCAUGCACGUUACCUCUAGGCAUGCUCCCUAAUGCCUUAUGUAAACAUUUGUAUAUAGUAUAUAUUUUAUAUUUUGCCAUGUUAAUAUUUUUGUUUAAAUUUCUCCUGUAUUUUACCUGAAUUAAAUGUGAUAGUUUCAACGUUUAAUGCAGUAAAAACAAUCAGUUAAAGGCUUGCACAAUGA